AAACAUGGUCUCACACCCCCCAAAAAACUGUUCGAGCUGAUCUCGCUUUUUGACGACAAAGCAAUCAUCCAUCGGGAGAUCGAAUAUUUCGAAUCCAGUCUGUUUUUGAGUUAUUUCCCCUGUUUCGGAAUCUUUCGGAAUGGUCUUAAAUCAGCCUUUGACAAAGAGAAGGCAAAGGAGUACAAGCCACGCCUUCUGCAUUUCAAGCUAAUAGGGAAGAAAGUAGAGUUUCGUGAAGCCCCUUGCUCCAAGAAGGCCCUCGACAAGGGAGACGUAUUCAUCCUGGACAGAGGACUCUCUCUCACUCAGUGGAAUGGAGCUAACUGCGACCAGGAGGAACGUGUCAAGGCAAGAAAGUAUAUCGAAACUCUGGUGAAGAACCGUCAAGGCAAGAUACAAGUUGAAUUCUACGAUGAAGAAGACUUACUCCCAGAGAACGAGUUCACAAAACAACUCUCAGAUGAGGACGUGCCCCAACGUCCCAAGAAGGUUCCCUUUCCGAAAUCAAUGCACAGGUUGUCGGACGAGUCAGGUCAAAUUAAACUCACGCCAGUGUACUCUGGGAAGGCGUAUCGGGCUGGAAUCAAUUCUGAGGACGUGACCUUCAUCAACGCACCCUCUGGUCUGUUUGUUUACAUCGGUCCAACGGCAUCACCGAAGGAGAGAGCUAGCGCCUGGUCUGAAGCAAAUAAAUACCUGAAGGCGACCAACCAUCCUUACGGGCCGCUCAUUCUCCUACAUGCUGGGGAAACAUCGUUUGAGCUCAGUGACGUCUGGGAUGACGGCUUGGACGUAGGCCUUGAACAUUGA